CCGGGUGACUAUUGGAAAAAAAUUGGCGGUUUGUGUUCUUGCUGUUACGCUUUCUUAUUCCUGACGAAACUUUGUGAGAUUUAGUUUUAACACGUGUGAAAGCUAAUGUAGCUUAUCUGGACCUACUCGUAUAACACUCGUGACUUUUCCUUUGCAGUGUUUGUUGAUUAUUUAGCAGUUUGUGACAAACUCCAAACAAGUCCGGAAGCUAGCACACCUUUAGCCAACAGUGAACUCUGUAGCUAGCAGCUAAUGCUAAGCUAAGUUAGCCGGGCAGGCUUUGUGCCCCGCUCACGUUGCUUCUUCCAUCUCGGAAUAAUGGCGAACCCGGUGUUGUUGCAGAAGAAGAGUGGAAGAUGUCUGUGGUUUUCUCUUGUUGGGCUCGGACUUACACCAGACACUGCGGUGUCGUCCAUCGCUGGCCAAACCAGCAAUGUUAAACGCAUUAACCUGGGACCGAAUAUGUUCGACAAACCAAACAAGGAUGCCUUCUACAUAGUCACCCAGUUCCUGUUGGAGAGACUCGACCCGACACGUUUUAAUGAGGCAUACAGGCACUGCUGGCCUGUUUUGAGCCACAAAGUAGAUGCUGAGUUCCGCAAAGUUACCUGCGCUUGGCUGCGAGAAAUAAUGGAUGAAACUGCAAACGCAGGAUCCAAAGUGGUAGCAUCCUUGUUCCUCUCACCCGGGGGCCCCAAGUUUAUCAGUUUGAUGCUUCACUUGGCCAAUCACGUCAUGCUGCAAGAAAUGAAGACACUCACCACGGAUGACAGCUGGGUUCCUGAGGCUGCAGCGAUGCCUGCUUCCUCCCUGGACAUGGCCGUGAAGAGGCUCAGCCUGAUCCAUACCAGGUUUUUGAAGGCUGCCGUAUCUCAGGAUCGAUUUCUUCACGAGUACCAGAGACGAGCACAGCUCCUGGUGAAGUCUAUGAGGGACAUAAGAGCAGAGGGGGCCAAGUAUGAUGAGCUACUCAAGCGUUACAGCAGUGAUUCGACACAGGAGGGAGUUCCUGUAGCUGAGAAGACCAAACGGGUGCGCUCCUUGUGGUCAGACAUUGAUGGAAUGCUGUCAACUACCAAGGAGGAGCAGCAUGUAGUGGAAAGUGUUUUGAAGGGGGAUGUAGAUCAGUACAUCCUGGACGGGACGGAUCGAGUGCUCAGAAUUCCUCGCGUUCUGCUGGAGAGAAUUGAACAGCUCCCACAUCCGUUGAGUUCAGGGAAUGUGUAUGAGGCCGGCCAGCUGAACCUCCUGUGCGUGUUGGAGCUGAUGAAACACGCGCUGCAGCUCCUGAGGGAGGAGCGCGGUCGGGUCUCUCAUGCCCCAAAGCCUGAGCUCAGUCCUCAGCAACUGCAGGAGAAAUGUCGGCAGAUGGCCCGAGCGCUGUGGAACCUUCACCUCAUCAGACAGAGGAUUUCCAAGGAAGAAAUUCCUGAGGUCAAGAGUACCAUCAGAGAGUUGGAGGCUGCGUGGGACAGGAAGUGGAUGGAUACUCUGAAAGACACUCCCCUAGUCUCUUUUCUGAAUGAAGAUCCUGCUCUGGGUUUCCUCUCACCAAUGGCUCCACUGUCUUUUGAACCGGCGGCUGAAGCUAUCUACAGAAGUAGUGUCUUCUCUCAGUACCCUGCAACGCUUCUUGAGAAGCCUGCAGAGAGUAAAUCACCAGAGGGCAUCCCACCAAGUCCUACUAACCUUAAGAGCUCUGGCCCUGCUACAGCUGUGAGGAGUGAAAGUCCUGUCGUCGCUACUCAUGCGUCGUCACAAGCGAAUAGCUCCCUCGCCUGGCUUUUCGACCCACCUUCCUCCCCUCCUCUGAAGGCUCCAUCAGUACCACCACCUCAGGCCAGUGUGAGGAAGACGGCCCAUUUUCACCAGAAGGUGGCUCCAAUGAGGACCAAGACCACAAUAUUAGACAUGGAGUGUGAUAACCUCGCUGAUCGGUUUGCAGAUGCUGUAACUACAGCCAGUCCCGCAGAAGGCCGAGUCCAAGGUCUGGACUUGGAUGGCCUUCUAGGCACUCUUCAUGGAGAUCCCUUCUCUACUAGAAAGCAGCUGACACGCACACCUGAGAGCUUGAUUCUGGAUGUGAAGAACUCCUGGCGCAAGGCAGUUGAGGAAGACAAAGCUGAGAAAAUGGGGCGAUUAGUGAAGUUCAACGACAGCAUGAAGGAGUUGCUCUCUCCCCUCGAUGAGCAGGGAGUCUCCCACAAACCCACUCUGUUGUGGGACACCUUCCACAUGGCCCUCGACAGCCCGAGUGGCACAGGCAGCAGUGAGGUCCAGUUCAGCCUCGACCUCGAAACGCUCCCUGAAAUGCCGAGCUGUGACAGUCUGCUGAGCCUCGACGACGAAUCGGUGGACAUGAAGAGCGAGGAGGAGGAGCUCCUGAUCCCCUCCUUGAAGACCGAGGCGACUCAAUGGCCACUGACCACGCGUCAUCAUCUGGCUCAGAUCCAGCAGGAGUGCGGUAAUGGCUCCUUUAAGGAAAGCAGGAAGAGGACACCCGAGUGUUUUAACCAGAAACCCUGUGAUCCGACAGAAGACAAAGACUGGCAAAUGGAGCCUGCGAAGUCGGUGGAAGCCACAGACAAGGUCUUCUCACUGGACCUAGACGCGCUGGAGACGCCUUCACCCCCGAAAAAGCAGGAGUACAGCCUCCCACAACUGAUCACGUUCUCACCGAUAUAGAUGACAUGAAGUGUUGAAUACAUUCAUAUUGAAAUCACUUUUCAGCCUCGUCUACUCUGAUUUUAAUAAUGUAAUAUUUGUUCAUAGCUGUAAAAUAACCGUUUUUCAUACUUAAUUUCUUUUUCAUGCUUGUUUCUUUUAUUUAAAAUAGUAAGACAUGAACUGCUUUAAUAAAAUUGUGACGUAUG